CUGCUCCAUAAUCAGCUUCAUCGAUUUGAGCGAAGAGAUAAUGUUAUGUAAUGUAACGCCACGCGAUUAUCAUGUGGGAAACUCGGUGCCGAUCACUGCGAAGGUGCUCAACGGAAGUACAGCAGAUCUCGUGGCUUCGGAGUCCGGAAUGCUAUGCUCGCUGAAUUCAGACAACGGCAUUUUGAAACUCAUCUGCGAUCUCACCAUUAUGGUUCCACCGCGCACAGAACAGAGACGAAAGGUGAGAACUUUGUACCACCACUUUGCCAGGUCUUAAAGAGCUGGUAGUUGCCACGAUUCAAACCAGAACUACAACUCAGUGCACGACACCAAACUUGAUUAAAAUGGACGCUUACCAUCUGGAUCCUCCGAAAGUUGCAUCAGCGCAAACGGCGGCAUCUCCUGAAGAGAAGGCCAUACCACAGCCCAGGCCGGGACCUACUACGACUCCCCCAGUUCUUGAUACGGCAACACUCAAGUACAUCAAAACACUAAGUAUCAAACAUUUCCGUUCUGCAGAUGUCCCAUGGCGCUCCAUGGGUCAGUACAAGUACCGCAUUAUCGAGGAUGGCACUCUUACCCAAGACCGCAUAUCCGUGGUAGAGUCGCUUAUCCCGCCAAAAUCACACGGUCCUAUUUUUCAUUUCCAUGAGAUGCACGACGAAUGCUUCUACGUCACACAAGGCACUGUGCGUUUUCAUUCGCCAGGAAGCCCGCCAGUGGACGCUCAUGUGGGGGACAUGGUAACAGUGCCAACGAGGAUGCCUCAUCGAUUCAGCAACCCAUUUGAUGAGGAGGCCAAAUUUGUAUCAACAAACACACCGAGUCACUAUGCACGUUACUUCUACUACCUGGAAUACCUGAUUGGUGAGGGAAAUGAGCUGACACCAGAAGUGAAUAAAGAAGCAAUGCGUCGGUUCGCUACGGUGCCAUUAUCGCCCGCGGACAUUGAAUUGUUGGAAAGAGAAUUGGGCGCCGGCACAGUUGGAAAUGAGAACGAGUACAAUUCAGACGAGUCAGUAGAUACGGCGGACUUGGUCAGUCUUGAUUAGGGUGACUAACAGUGGUUGUGCUUUUGUCGCAAACAUUGCUUUUGGCACUGGCGUUACAGCUUCAAAGGGAAUAGACCGGAAGAAGCUAUGACCGUCAUAGUGAACGCCUGAAUGCGAAGAGUCUUAAGUGCACGAACUUCUGCUUUCUUUUUCUUCCUAUCCGCAGCAGCACCUGCUACACAGGGUCACGAUUAUCUACUGCAGCAUAUCGAGAGAGGUAACGUCAGACGGGUGAAUACUUAGCUCUGGCUUGAAGAUAAUGCUCGAUCUGCACCGCUUGAGAAACAGUCUAGACUAGGAUACUGUAGGUUAGCUGCAUGAGAGAACACAACAUCAACUCCUUUCACCCGUCCUACGAAAAACACGUGCAAAUCCUGGUCCCGAAAUGCCAACCCCUGACCAGGCGCUUGGCUGGGUGAAGGAAAGACCUGACGGAAGUACCCGCAGAUCGGCGAAAAUCAAGACUCGAAGCAAUCAGAAGCAAGCAGCUUAAUUAGUAGAUCGCCCUGGAUGUUCUUCACGGAGUUGCACCCAAAAAUACAAUGAAACGGGAAACCCGGACGCCUUGGUGACGAAAAGUCAGAGAGUUGAUUAAACUAUAAGGUCUCUUAAUUAAGGCCUCUCGUUAAAAUUCCACCCUGAAACCAGUAAUCACA